AUGUUGCCGGUUCGACUGUUCAGCAAGGGCAAGAGCAUCGAAACACUAGCUUUUAUCGAUGAAGGGUCGUCCGUCACGCUUCUGGAGAAGGGCAUAGCGGACGCUUUGCAGGCUGAAGGAACGGAAAUGCGUCUUUGCCUAACCUGGACGAGCAAUAUCAGCCGAGAAGAGGAAGGUUCGCGCCAAGUGGAAGUAGAGAUUUCCGGAAUAGGAGGAGGCAAACGGUAUCCGCUGAAGGAUGUCAGAACCGUAGAAUCCUUGGCAUUGCCGGUACAGACGCUGCGAUACAACGAGCUCGCCGACCGGUUCGAACACCUACGAAAGCUGCCGGUCACGGACUUCGAAUCUACGGCUCCAGGAAUACUCAUUGGAGCGAAGAACACGCACCUCACAGCCACUCAACAAAUACGAGAAGGUCGCGUAGGAGAACCGAUCGCGGCGAAGACCCGCCUCGGAUGGGCUAUCUACGGAUCAAUGCCAAACGGGACAAAUUUCGCGAGUUGCAAUCUGCACAUUUGUGGCUGCGAUUCUGAUAACAGUCUGCACGAGCUAGUGAAGCAGUACUUCACGGUGGAGAAUGUAGGCGUUUCGAUGGAUCGAAGUCCUGAAUCAGACGAAGACAAGCGGGCAAGGACUCUACUGGAGAAAACAACGAGGCGAGUCGAAGGCGGAUUCGAGACCGGGCUUCUGUGGCGCUACGAACACGUAGAGUUUCCCGAUAACUACGCCAUGGCUGCACGACGAUUACGCUGCUUGGAAAAGCGGUUCAUUGCCGAUCCAACCUUAUUCGAGAACGUCCAGCGUCAGAUAGCGCAGUAUCAGCAGAAGGGCUACAUCCACGAGGCGACGGAGGAGGAGCUGGCGACGGCCGACCCAAGACGGUUGUGGUACCUUCCUGUCGGAAUAGUGCGGAACCCGAAGAAGCCAAACAAGAUUCGGAUCGUGUGGGACGCAGCGGCAACGGUGGAUGGUGUUUCCCUGAACAGCAUGUUGCUGAAAGGACCGGAUCUGGUUCAACCAUUGCCGGAUGUUCUCUGCGGAUUUCGGGAACGGAAAGUAGCAGUGGUGGGAGAUAUUAUGGAAAUGUUCCAUCAACUGAAGAUCCGCCUAGAAGACCGAUACAGUCAGCUUUUUCUCUGGCCCGGUGAUCCCGGGAAUUCUCCAAAGACAUUCGUAAUCGACGUAGCGACAUUCGGCUCCACCAGCUCCCCAUGCUCGGCGCAAUACGUGAAAAACGUUAACGCAAUCGAACACGCAGAGGAAUACCCGAGAGCAGUGCAGGCGAUUGUGCGCCGACAUUACGUUGACGAUUAUCUGCAGAGCUUCGACAGCGAGGAAGAAGCGUGUCAGGUUGUAGAAGAGGUCAAAUUAGUACAUCGGCGUGGCGGAUUCACCAUUCGCAACUGGCUCUCGAACUCGUCGACAGUUCUCAGACGGGUCGGGGAAACCGAGGCCGCUUCAAUGAAGAUCGUCAGCGAAAACUCUCAGAUAGAACGUGUACUGGGCAUGCAGUGGAAGGCAAUUGAGGACGUACUCGUGUUCUCCAGCGAAAUCGACGUGGAUACAGUCAUUCCGACCAAGCGAAGCAUCCUGCGGUGCGUGAUGAGCCAGUUCGAUCCGCUGGGGCUUCUUUCCCACUUCCUCAUCCAUGGUCGCGUUAUUAUCCAGGAUAUCUGGCGUACGAAAGCUGGAUGGGACGACACGGUGGAUGAGCAGAUCCUGCUGCGAUGGCGUUCAUGGACCGCCAAGUUCAAGGAGUUGGAAGAGGUGCGAAUUCCACGCGCCUAUUUCCCGGGCGUGACAGCGUCCGACAUUGAAGAUCUGCAGCUCCACGUUUUCGUCGAUGGCAGUGAGACUGCCUAUGCGUGCGCCGCCUAUUUUAGGGCCACUAUUCAAGGAAAGUAUCAUUGCGCACUCGUCGGAGGAAAAGCGAAAGUUGCACCGAUAAAAGCUCUCUCGAUCCCGAGGUUGGAACUCCAGGCCGCAUUGAUAGGCUGCAGGCUUAUGAAAACUCUUUGCAACAGUCAUAGCCUGCCGAUAUCGCAGCGAGUGUUUUGGACCGACUCGAAGACCGUGCUCGCCUGGAUCCAUUCCGACCACCGCCGCUACCGACAGUUUGUUGCCUGCAGAAUAGGAGAGAUUCUCUCCAAGUCCAAUGCCGUAGAGUGGCGAUACGUUCCAUCGAAGGCCAAUGUUGCAGACGAUGGCACGAAGUGGGCCAGUGGACCGAAUCUGAAAACCGACAGCCGUUGGUUUAGAGGACCGGAUUUCCUGUGGAAGUCUGAGGAGCUGUGGCCACGUCAGACUGAACCCGAAGCAACAACCGUCGAGAUCAGGCCGUGCAACGUUCACCUUACGGUGGAGCAUUACGAAGUCAUCGAAUGGAGCCGCUUCUCUAAAUUCGAAAGGCUAAAACGGACUGUUGCCUACAUCUAUCGCUUCGCAGACAACUGCCGGCGGAAGGCGACGAAGCUGCCGUUACAGAGCUCGCAUAUCACCAACGAGGAACUCAACAAAGCUGAAAACGCACUGUGGCGGCUAGCGCAGCAAGAUGCGUUCCCUGAAGAGAUAGUCGAGCUACAGAAAGCGAAGGAAGGACAGAAGCCGAAACUGAACCGAGCCAGCCGGAUCUACAAGUUGUCUCCGUUCAUCGACGAGUGUGGCGUAGUCCGAAUGGAUACCCGAAUCGUUGGAGCGAUUUUCGUACCGUUUGACACCAAAUACCCAAUAAUUCUUCCGAAAGGACACCGCCUGACCAAGCUGGUCGUCGAGUGGUACCAUCAGCUCUACUUGCACGCGAACAAUGAGACGGUCAUCAAUGAAGUACGACAGCGCUUCCAUGUUCCCUGCCUGCGUGCACUGGUGCGGAAUCUGACGAAGACUUGUAUGCAGUGUAAGAUCUUUAAGGCCAAACCGUUGUGUCCGCGUGAGGCACCACUACCAAAGGCCCGCCUUAGUCCGUACACCCGCCCUUUCAGCUACGUUGGGCUGGACUACUUCGGCCCCAUUCAGGUCAAGAUCGGACGCUCCUUGGUCAAACGGUGGGUGGCGCUAUUUACGUGCCUCACCAUCCGGGCUGUUCACCUGGAAGUGGUGCAUUCCCUGUCCACCGAGGCUUGUAAGAUGGCGAUUCGGCGGUUCGUCGUGCGACGAGGCGCGCCCCUAGAAAUCAGAAGCGAUAACGGUACCAAUUUCCUGGGUGCCAGCCACGAGUUACAGCAGCAGAUCAGAGAGAUGAAUCAGGAACUGUCAGCCGUCUUCAUCAACGCAGUUACCAAGUGGGUGUUCAAUCCGCCGUCAGCCCCUCACAUGGGUGGAUCGUGGGAGAGGCUUGUCAGGUCGAUCAAGAUAGCCUUUUCCAGCCUCUCGACCUCCAGAAAUUCCGAUGACGAGACUCUUCUCACGUUGAUGAUCGAAGCGGAAGGAAUAGUCAAUUCCAGACCACUGACGUUCGUACCGCUGGAGUCAGAAUCUCAGGCAGCCCUUACUCCAAACCACUUUUUGCUGCUGAGCUCGCAGGGAGUUUCUCAACCUCCGAUGGCUAUUCCAGAUCAUCCAGAGUCCUUAAGGACGAACUGGCGAUUGACGACGAACCUGGUGAAUCAAUUCUGGCAUCGUUGGGUGCGGGAGUACCUCCCGACUAUCGCUGGACGUACUAAAUGGUACGGAGAGGCCAAGGAGCCGAAAGUCGGAGAUCUAGCUGUCGUCGUUGAUCCAUCGGUCCGGAACGGAUGGCUGCGUGGGCGGAUUCUUUCCGCUAUUACAGGACGAGACGGACGGUGCAGACAAGUUUUAGUGAAAACCAGUGGAGGAUUGCUGCGGCGGCCUGUUACGAAGGUUGCUAUCCUGGACGUCAAGGCAGCGGAUGAAGAAGCUAGCGGUAACGCAGUACCACCGGAAGUGAUGGACCUGCAUUACGGGUCGGGGGAUGUUGGGGGCAACCCUACGCCACUGCCCUCUAAUAGCGCGCAGCCCUUUGACUCGUCACUGACACAUACCAACAGGUCAGCUGUCAAGCACUGA